AUGGCACCAAAGAAGAAGCUUGCUCAAACACCCGCUCAAACACCUGCCCAAACACCCGCUCGGACACCUGCUCGGACAUCUGCUCGGACACCUGCUCGAACACCGCGUCAGCAGAGCAACACAUUGACGCCUACCGAAGUUUACGACGAGGAAGAGAACGACUUUAGCAUCAACGUCUAUGCCAGUCUUAUAGAAGACGACAUCACCGCAGGCAUAGAAGAGAAGCAUGUGCCUAGUAUACUCAAGGGGUGUGCCGUUAGCGACAACGAUCUACUUGAUGACCUGAGCCCUACCGACAUCGAGGCGCUCGUCCAGCGGCUUCUCCCUGGCAUUUGCCAGCAAGAUGUCCAAGACUUCUUAGCCCAGAUUACUACACACAAUUCGCCGCCCUUUACCAUACCACGCCACCAGCGCGAGCCUAAGAGUUGGCCCUCGACGUACGAAGAGUCGGACCUGUUGUGGGAAGAGGGAGCCAAGGCUGAGCGAGCAAUCAAGCUGCCUGUCGGAACCAAUAUGCCGAAGUGGUUGGACAUGUCAGAGGAUCAGCUAGGCAACGUUGUCGACGAGAUCCCCACCAACCUGAGAUUGUUCUGGCAGUGUGUCGCCCAGGAAUGGCUGGCAAGAUCGCAGGCAAAGAUCGCCCUACUUGUCGGAGCAGCUGCGGUCAACACCUAUCUGUCAUAUCUAGACGCGGACCAUGUUCAACACCAACAAAUAUGGUUUGCUGGUGGCAACAAUGAGUACCAAUCAAGCAAGAAGCCACCGUGUUGGAUCGAAUACAACAAGGACAACAAUAUCAAACGCAUCGCGUUCUCAGUUCCGCACCCUGAGUAUUUCAACCGUAUCCGCGGCAGGAUCGCCAAUGGGCUGAUAGUGCGAGUUCAAGAAAUCGAGGAGUACGGCGCAGACAACAACGCACUUCGCAAGAUUCUGAGUAUCCCGACGUUAAACAACUCUACCAUUGAUAACUUCAUGUCCCGCAGCAAAAGCAUGAACGAAGAACAGAUCAAGAGUAUCAAGAAGAUGAGAAACGAAGUCAAUAUCAAGGUGGCGGAAUCUCACUUAUGGUGGGACCGAGCGGACGUCAUUUCGAAAUACGGUCCUCACGCAUUCACAUUCAAGUUGAUGGCGAAGCGCUACCAAGACAGCAAGAAGAAGUCAAGGGCCAAGACCAAUGACAAGUUUGCUAGUCUACCAGAAGACGACAAGAAAGCAUUAGUAGAGUCGAACAAACAGAAAGCCUGCGCACGAGAGAAGAAGAGGCGAGCAGCUGAAAUGGAGGGUGAGGACAAGGAGAACGCCAAAGACGAGUUGUAA